UACAUCUGACGAGCAUAUGUCAGAUGUAAAACGCUAUAUGGAGUAGUCUUUUCAUCUGACUUCAAUGUCCACAGAUGUGAAAAAUAAAUAGACAAGACUUUUUACAUCUGGCUUAAAUGUACCAGAAGCAUAACUAAACGCGGUGGCAAUCUUGUAAUUAUGGUGAAAAUUAUCUAAAAUAUGUAUAUAUCUGGCCAUAUUUAGCCACAGAUGUAAAAUGUCAAGUUGAAUAAAAAAAAUAAAAUAAUAUUUUUGGAACAAGGUAAUAGUCAUGUGUAUCUGAUAUCUCUCUCCCAAUUAUCAAGACUUAAAGAAAAAACCCUCUCAUCACCUUCGCGAAGAACACCCAAAACCCAGCAACCUUCGCGAAGAACAACCCAAAACGCAGCAACCCUGCUCGCAGCAACCUUAACCCCUCACCUUCGCAAGAACCAGCGCCGUCCUCUCUCUCAACUCACCACCAGCGCCGUCCUCUCUCUCACUCGCAGUCGUCCUCUCUCUCACGAACCCUAACUCCAAAUCGAAGCUUAACUCCAAAUCGAAGCUUCUCUUUCUUUCUCCGGCCUCUACUCUCACGAAUUGAAGCUUGUUUUUCUCUCACCCACAACUGAAAACGCAGGUACUGAUUCGAAGCUCUCUCUCGUCCCUAAUUGCAGAAUGAAGCUCUCUCUCGUUCCUCUCCCUCCGAUUGAAAACCAAGAGUAUUUGAAAAUGGGUCUGUCAUUCACGAAGCUGUUUAGCCGGCUUUUCGCGAAGAAGGAGAUGGGUAUACUUAUGGUCGGUCUCGAUGCCGCUGGUAAGACCACCAUUCUGUAUGAGCUUAAGCUUGGAGAAAUCGUCACCAUUCCCACCAUUGGUAAGUUUUAUUAAUUAUUUCUAUAGAGAAAGGUAAUCAUAAUAUAAGGAAUGUUAAGAGUAGAAGAAGUAGCAGAAUUCAUAACAAACAAUAAAGAUAAGAAAAGAAAUUGUUACAAGCUAUAUCUACAUGAAUGAAACUUAACAAAUUUCAUGAAGUUAACUUAUGAAAAUGACUAAUAAUUUUCUGUUGAACACUAAUGAGCUUAUCCAACAAGGCUCAAACAUUGUUGAACACAAAACUAGUGGAUCAGAAGAAGAAAAAUGCAUUGGAACAAAGAUGCAACAUAUCCCUAACAGUCGCCUAAGAGGUAUCGCCCCCACCCAAACAUCUAACAGAAACCGAGUCGAGUUCCUGUUCCCCAUUCUUCUAGACGAAAACCAACUCUGAUCACCCUCCACGUGUUCCCUAUAUAGUAAUUGUAAGUCUGGUGAAACUGUGAUGAGUUGCUAAAUAUCCAUCCUUUUAAGCAUGCCAAAAUUUUAAAUCUGUUGCCGCAUGCCAUGUACUGCUAAUAUGUUUGUGUGCUCAUCAUUUUGAUUUUUGUUUGUUGCUACAACAUAUUGGAGCAACAUAUUGUCAAAGAACAAACUUGAGAAAACGAUAUGAUGUGCGAAAGAAAAUCAGAAUUUUUGUGGUAGUGGAGCAACUACUUGUUCUUUCAUGAACAGAAAAUAAAGAAGAGCAGUUAGUAACAACACUAAUGUAAGUGCGAGCGAGGACCGUUCAUUGUACUCACUUCUCAGUUCAAAAAAGAAAGAUAAGAAGUUGCUACAAGUUACAUAUUCAUGAAUGAAACCACUGACAAACAACUGAAAGCAUAAGUUAUGUGACUCUUUCGUGAGUUAGUUUUAAAUAGACUACAAAUCAGUUUAUUCAACAAGGCUCACACACUGUCCGACAUCAAAACCCGUAGGUCGGAAAAAAUGAAUUAGAACCAAGAUGCAGAAUGUUACUAUUUGACUUGUUUUUUAGAGAUUUGAUUACUUUUAUAUAUUCAUAUUUCUAUAUUUUUUGUAUACUGCAAACACCAAUGAGCAUUUAGUUGGUAGAAUAAUUUCAACACAAUAUACCAUAGAAAAAUAUUCAUAACUUGCUAGUUGAAUCCAAAUAGAAAACAAGCUUAACUGCUAAAUUAAAUUCUUUCUGAUUCCAACCAAUGCAGACAAACAUAAUCCAAGUUAUAUAAUUCAAGGCAAAGCGAAAUAAUUUAUAGACCACUCUAACCGAGGAAGUCCAAAAGUCCACUAAAUAAACACGCCAUUGCAUCCUAUGGCGCCACCAUGGCGGGAAUCAAUCUGUAUUUCAAAUGUGGUUUUCUUCAGAUUCACAACAGAUAUAUAUUAAAAGUGCCAAAAAUAUAUUUUCCUCAUCGGGUCAUGCUAAACAGUGCCCCUGGGGCACUAGUUAAGCAUACUAAAGUUGUGCAUUCAAUGUUUUAAUGAUCAUAGUCAUGAUAUUUGUUAAAUGAAUGAGCACUACUCAUGUAGGACCCCUAACAUAAGUAUGUAAUUUUUAUGAUGCAGUUUAUAAGAUGCUAAAAAAGCAGAGAAGAUAUCUUAAUCAAGAGGUGAUGUGGAUGCAAUUGUCAUGGUAGAAUUUUGUAAGCUGGUGUUGCCAAAGCUUGGUUUAGGAGGUAGCAGGAUUGGUUAAAGCAUCAAUGAUGUGAAUUGAGAGAUAAAAUUGGAGUUUCUCUGAUGGUGUUUGUAUAAUUUAUAGCUGAGCAAGUGUUAAGAUUAUAUAAUCACAUUUAUGCAGUGAGUUAAAAACUAAUAGACUAAGUAAUAGUUUCCUUGUUUUUAUCUUCAUUUUCUUCAAUUCUCAACAACCUUCCACAAGCUGGAGCUUGGUAAAUAUCUAUCAAGCCAAGCUUGGACACAAGAUUAUUGAACUUUGAAGUUGAUAAAGCUUUAGUAAGAAACUGUUCUUCAAUUCUCAACAAGGAAUGUUUGUAGAUAAUGUCAACGUUUGUUUUUUCAAUAUCUUUUAUCAAUGGAUUAUAUUGAGUGCAGAUUUUGAUAAUAUAGAUCGUAUUGUGUAGGGUUUAAUGUGGAAACUGUGGCGUAUAAGAACAUCAGCUUCACUGUUUGGGAUGUUGGAGGGCAGGACAAGGUAUUUCUAUAUCGGCGCGGGUGUGUGUGUCUGUUUGUGCGUGUUAAGGAAAUACUACCAAUGCUUUCGUUUAUUGUUUGGACCCGGUUCAAUUGAGUUUUGCAUCAAAGCCAGUUUCACUUCAAAAGGCGGGUAAACAAUACAUACAAAAUAAUUUGCGUGAUCUAAACAAAGUGUGCUACUUAGCACCACAUCUUUUGGACGGGCAUUGGCAAUUAAUAAUUAUGUGUCCUAAGGACAAUGUUAUAGUUUGUCUUUGUUCAUUACACCGUAAGAUACCUGAGGCAGCGAGGAAUUUUUUUAAAGAUGCUUUUAAAGUUCAUCAAUUGACAACUUUUGGUAAUAGAAAGAAGGCUACAUGGAUUUUUCCCAAAACAAGGCGACAACCUAACGGUAAUGACUGUGGAUAUUAUGUAACGAAGAACAUGCUUGACAUUGUCACCGCUAGUAUUACAAAGAAUUGGAUGGAGGUGUUCGAUGAUCCCACGUCAUUAACCGAGGAGGAGCUGUAUGAACUGCGAAACAGCUGGGCUACUUGUUUUCUUGACCUGUACAAUCCCGAGGUAGAUUAUGAUGUUGCCGACGAUGAGGCUUAGGAGCUAGCUAGGUUAAUUUGUGUGAUGUUACAAUGGAUUCACAUUAAUUAGGAUGUUUUGAAUUGUAAUGACUUGUAUUUUGCUUGAAUGUUAUAACAUUUUGGAUUGUUGGUAUUUUGCUUAAAUUGUAAGACUUGGUAUUUUAUUUGAAUUGUAAUGACUUGGUUGAAUGUAAUUGUAUUUUGGUUGAA